AAAGUGACAACUGCCCCCCCCCCCUCAAGCAAACAGUGGAAAAAUCCUAGGAAAAAUACAUUUUUACAGCAAACAGGAAGCUCAAGAAAGGAACGACGAAACAGUGGAGCAAAUAAGCAUUAAACAUCUCAAAACUUUUUUCAUUAAAUGUGUUUUUAAUGUGGCUAUUAAAAGGACCGCCAACCAAAUGUUGACAGCAAUGCAAGUAAUCCUGCACUCUUAAACUGAAUAGACUCAUAUUUGCUGUGAAUGUUUAUUAGUAGUAAACGUAAAACAUAUUUGAAGACAAUGAUAACAGUAUUUCUUCCAUAAGAAGUUGAACACAAGGAUAAAAAAACUAUUCUAUAUGAAUGAGGAUUGUGUUCAAGUUACUGCAACUCAUCUCUUGAAGAAAACGAGUAUCCUUGGGAUUAAAAACAAACAUGAAGGAUUCCAUUCCUUCGGGAAUAUUUUUUGUUCAUAGUUUAACUCUUGGUAGAGAAGAGAUUUGAAUGAUUUUGACCCUGUAAAAGUGUCCAGAGGAGAUGACGAGCUUCAAAAAGAGAGCAAAAGAAGAAGAAGUUACAGGAUGCCAGCUUUUUCCCCUGCAUUUCAGGAGGCUGUCCCUAAAUUGUGGAGCGCAUAAGAGGCUCCCUGUGUGCGACCCUCUCAGCAUUCAAGGCCAGAGUGUGAGGGGAUUGGGCUAUUGUGAGCCUCUCUGUGUGUUGUCUACAGAGAGGGGGAGCGCGAAGGAAGAGAAAAGAGAGCAGCAGUAGCUUUCAACUCAAGUUAUUUGCUGCAGCUUGAAUUCAGAGGUGCACUUUAAACUUAUGAAAACAUUUCUAUCCACAGCUCCGUCCCAGCUCUCCAGAGCUCCUCUUAUCUCUUCGACCCCACUGUCUUCUCCGCCGCGCACCCCCUCUGCCAACUGUCAGCCUGACCUGCUUCCCAGGGAACUCGACGGGGCAAGAAGAGGCUGCAGAGCAUUCAUCAAGUGGUGGAACAGUGAGAGGUAGCCAGAGCCACUAUGGCCUUGUCCCAGGAGAGAAGUGCAUGUCUGGGGCUGGUGGUGCUCCUUUUGCUUGGUGCGGGCAUGGAGAAUGUUGUGGAGGGAUGUAGCUGCCACCCGUCACAUCCACAGCAGCUCUUCUGCAGCGCUGAGAUUGUGAUAAGGGCAAAGAUCUCUGGAGAGAAGAUUGUGUCGCCUAGCAACAGCUCCUCACCUUACAUGAAGAUGAUCCAGUACGAAAUCAAAAUGAUCAAGAUGUUCAAAGGUUUUGACAGAGCCAAGGACAUCCAGUAUGUGUACACGCCUGUCUUCUCUUCACUCUGUGGAGUCAAACUGGACUCCAAUAACAAAGCAGGCUAUCUGCUCUCAGGAAGCAUGUGGAGCGAUGGACGGAUUUCUAUUGGCCAGUGUGACCUGGUGGAGUCGUGGGACAACUUAUCACUGUCACAAAAGAAGAACCUUAACUACAGAUACCAGAUGGGCUGUGAAUGCAGAAUCAACACGUGCUACAYGGUGCCUUGUGCGUCUACAGGAGAGAACGAGUGCCUGUGGACGGACUGGCUGCUGGAUAACAGUCUGAAUGGGGAGCAGGCUCGGCAGUAUGCCUGCAUCCGACGAUUGGACUCAAGCUGUGGUUGGUACCGGGGUGGGCCUCCGCCCGAGAAGGACUUCUUGGACAUGACCGACCCGUGAUUCUGUAACGCCGACUUCAGAAAUCCCUUAAGGAAAAUCCAACCCUGCUUUUGGUAUAUUUAGCACGCAUUUGGCUUGCAAAGAAGCAACUAGGGAAAAAAAAAAAAAAAAAGGGGAAAAUUUGCUGAUUUUUCAAACCCGCUGGAAAAAAAAGCUGCCAUUAAGCUACAGGUUGCAAAGUUCAGGCAGUUGAUCCAGCAACAGGAAAAUAAAUAUUUAAAGUGCAGGGUCUUUGAGCGUUUCUCUGACUCACUUUCACACAUUCCACUUCACAUGUUGUUACAGAGUGAGAACAGCAGCAGAAUAUCCACAGCUAAUAUUUCACUUUUGAGUGAAGGUGUUUGCCUCAUUGUAAAUGCACUCCUUUUAAGCCCUGUGAUUAUUUGUGUAAURUACAAUAGGCUAAAUAGCAAUUUAAGUUCUGAAUUUACAGAAAUAUUAAAGAAAUGUUUAAGAACACUAAAAUAAUAGAAUCCUUUUCUUGUAUCAACCUUGCAGAGUCUAAUUACGUGCAUCUUGACUGCAGCAUCCUGAUAUUGAAUUUCUAUCUGAAAUGCUGACACAAAUGAAAAUACACUGAACAUAAUGUGCUUUGUGAAGGUUUUAGGCACUGAAGCUUCAACAAGGAUGCAUAUAGGCAAUUGCAGAAUAGUUUUAAUUUAUUGGUAUAAUUAAAAGUGAUGUGAAGAAAGAAAAACAUAAAUUGCAGGAGUUUUCCUAAUAAUCUUUGGGGUAAAGCCAUUUUUUAAAAUAAUUCUUUGUUUGCAUUUUCUUUUACUUAGUUGUUCUGUAUAAUCGAUUUAAUGCUGAAAAUGUGGAAUUAUACAUCAUAAAUAAGAACCUAACGUGCCUAAAACCUUUGCAUUCUGCAGUUCAGGCAAAGAAAAGCAUCCCAAGUUAACCAGUUACUUGUGUUAUUUCUUGUUGUGAUACAGAAAUGAUACGACGUUUUAUCUCAAAAUUAUGUAACUGUAAAUAUAGUAAUUUUGUUGAAUUAACAUUUUCAUAACUAACCACAUGUUUUCUUUUAGAGUAGAGCUUCACAUCCUGCUUAGUUUCCGUUGUGGAGCUUUUUUUCCCCUUUUUUUUGUGCCAAAAACCUAAUCCGCUUCGGCAGCAGCACUGCCACCUGAAGAAGCUGAGUCUUUCCUCCGUAGAGGAAAUGAGAUAACAGGAUAAGGUUUGGCUUUUUAACUCCUUUAAACUGAAGGUGGGUUGUUCACCUGUUUGUUUUAGAAAUCUGCUGAAUCAUUUAAAUAUAAAGACUUAACAAGGGUCUGACCUGACCCCUGUUUUGAUACAGGAUUGCUUCAUAUAAAUCAUACAGAUUAUAAUGCGUUAUGAUUCGGCUUUGUAGCACAUUCAUACAGAUUAUAAUGCGUUAUGAUUCGGCUUUGUAGCACAUUCAUGGUGCUGUGAACAAAUCAGCUCACCCUUGCUGAUGAAAUCUGCUUCUGCUCUUUUGUCACACCAGUUUCAGAUCAUCAAACAAAUUUUAACAUCAGACUAAGAAGACCCAAGUGGAUAUAUAAAGCAAUUUUUAAAAUGAUAACUUCAUUUAUUAGAGACAGAAGUUAGCCAAAAAUUUGUACAUCUGCCCUGUUAUCCUACAAAAUAUUUUCUUAAAGGUCUUGGAGGUAUCAAGGUGAUUUUUAGCAACAUGAAGUGGCCCUUUGUGAUUCUCUUUUUAAUCAGUUGUAUUUUUUGGGUUUCUUUUUUUGCCCCUUCAUUAUUGUUUAACCAAGAUUAGUGAUCUUAACUGAGGGAGAUGCUCUUCUGUUACCUCCUGGAUCAGUUCCCAUUGUGCUCUAGUUGGACUUCAUUUUAGCAAACCCACCACUCCCGGGAAGAUUUAACUCUAUUCUAAGUAUUUGUGGUUAAUGGCUCCCAGAAGUGAAGAAAUGGUUUUCUAAUCCUUCCCAGGCUACCACAAGUCUGGAAAGUCUGUUUCUUUUUUAUUGGAUUUCUUUUGCCUGGGGUUCGAUGUGUUGCCUUUGGAGAUUAUUAGCCUUUUUCUCGUAGCCAGUCAGGUAACAUUUAGGAGAUCUCUUGAUUUUUACACGUCUGGUUAUGAUCAGGCCUUCGUAUGACUUGUAAAAUUAAACUUUGUCAGUUAAACAUGAUUUAACACGGGAGUGGUUAUUUUUUUCCAGAAAAAUUUGGGUUAGAUAGCUCUUUCUCUUAAGACAUGAAACAAUUUAAUAACUACUUUUGCAUUUAGCCAAAAUUUGCUAAAAUUUGUUUGUGAAUCAGAAACAUUUAAGUUUGACAAUAUUUGGGACUGUCCUGUUCAACUUGGUGGAUCAUGUUGACAUUUAUCUCAUGUCACCACUGAAAAGUUUAAACCGAAUGGAAAAAUCAACAUUUCAGAUUUGAGACAGUCRUCUAAAUAUAAACUCAUUUACAAACUCAUGCAGUUAUUUUAGUGUCACAAAGCCCAAAUUAAUAAUGCAUCAUAUUAUGAUUUAAUGAAGUGUUAAAACAGAUUUCAGUUUGUUUUUUACUUAAAUAAUUGUUGGGUUUGUAUUUAAGUCUCUGUUUCUGUCUACAUAAAGUUUUCUAUCUUCAUGUACCAAAAAAAAUGUAUAUAAAAUGUCUCAGUGGAACAAUGUA